AGCAUAUAAAGCAGUCUGCUAAGCAGACUAUGCAAGCUCUUCAGCAGAAUUCAUUCUAUAGUGGAGCUAACUGGGCUCAGGUCGAAAAGAACCUGCUGCUUGAAAAGUAUACUCUGCCUCUCAAAGCGAAGGAGGAGUGCAUAUACUCCUGCGAGCAAUUCGGGGUAGGCAUGACCAUCAUUGCAUUAUCUUCCCAUCUGAUCUCGUUCGGGCAGCACACGGCCAUCCUGUCUGGCAUGGUCAAAGCAAAAGUGGAGAGAACGGAACUCCGAAAGGUGUUUUUGGGGGCCCUGAAAGGCCGCUUCCGUCACUACUUUUACGAGGAUAGGGCGCUUGGUGCCAUUUCCUAUAAGACUCUGACAGAAUGUGUAGAUUUUGAAUUGGAUAGAGAUGAUGACUGUCGCCUGUUGGGCAUUUGGGAGCGGCUUUCCUCCAAGUUUCAGAUCCCCCGUUACUUGAAGCACGGCGUUCUCCGUCUUCAGAUUCCCUUUCUUAACGAGCUGAUUUUACACCGGUGGAUUUUGAGGGCUUAUGAAAUCGGGCAAACUUUCAUUCAGAGUCAUCGCGACCUCCUCCAUGUACUGGCUUCAGUGAGACCCGCUGUCAGCAAAAUUCUGGUCAACGAUGUUCAUCGCUCUAUUGAGCUCUGUCACUCCGCGCUUGUUUCCAUUACUUCCUUCUCCGAAGAAAUCACGGGAAUCGUGCAAACCCGCCACGUCACGUUUUGUGUCUUCAAGUCGAUGCUGGAGUCGAUCGAGCAUGCACGCGAGGACGGCAUCUUCCGGUGGACUGAGUAUAAUAUAUUACAGCGCCUUUUGCAUUCGCGCGUUCGUUUGAUGGGCCUUCAACUGUUUGCUUUGGAGAAAAGUUUUCGCUCCGAUCGUGAAAUUCUUUUUGGCCGUGAACUUUUGAAGCCGUUAGCCGCCUUGUAUGAUACUCUGGGCUUAUCCACUAGAAAGAAAUUUUUUUCCGCAAAAACGCACCUUUUUACCUUGAAACAACCCGUUCAUAACACUGUAGCGUACGUACUGCUGCGCGGAAGAGUCGAACAUAAAUACAAAGAGUUUGCUUUUCCGGAGGAAAGCGACACUAUGCAACUCGAGGACGCGCACGUCAGGAGCGUCAGCGAAGGGUGUGGUGCAGUCGUUGGAAUCUCCAAUCUCCUGCAGGACACCGACUGGGAGGAGGCUGUCACGUUAACUCCUUCAGAGUUUCUGUGUGUUGAUCGGAUACUUUGGAAGAGCAUUCUUCAAGAGCACGAACACGUUGCCGAUGCCUUUUAUAAGAUUUUCGCUUCUCAGCUCAUCGCCCACCAUUUUAGAAGAAUUGCUUUAAACGUUCAUCCGACAGGGCUGCUAGAAGCCGUAAUGAGCGCACAUCUUCUUAAGGGCUUGCAGAAGGAUUUCAAAGAGAUCUUGCCCUAUUCAGUUCAAGUGUGCGGAUUGCUGCUGCAGGGAUUCUGCGUUAUUCAGUACGGCGGUGAUAAGCAGGAAAAAGUACUUGCGCCUACUUAUUUUGAAGGCCCCUGCCUAAUACGCGAACUCUCCGCUGACUCUGUCGUUUUGCCUCUAGAUUCUGUAGAGCAGUACAGGAGUUGCUUAACUGCUGCGGCCGAAAGAUUCCUAGACUGCUCCAGGAGAUCUCCUGAAAAUUAUGUGAGAAGCGGAGUCUCGUGCUCAAGCAUUGCAAGGCACAGCAUCGCUAUAACUGCUCGCCCAUCGCUGUUUACUUCUGCUGUAGCCUGUAAAGAAGCCGAUGCCAAGAGAAACGAGUACAUCGAAGUGGAUAUGAAUGAGCCCUCCCGUUCGACCUUGACUAGUCUCACCCGCCCGGAUCGGAUUGAUUCUUCUUUGGAAAGGAUGCCAACUAAUAUCAUCGGAAGGAAAAACACUUUUAGAUAGCCAAUAGGCCUUUUAGGUUCAAACCCUGCAAUGUGUGUUUUGCUCAAAGACCCGCUUGAAUAAUAGCCAUUGAGAAGGCGUAGAAAGUGUCAUUUUACAGGGAUAAA